CUGCUUCGUACUUCAGAAGUACGGAGAAGUACAAAAAAGUACGAAGAAGUACGAAGAAGUAUCAAGAAGUACGGAGAAGUACCAGAAGUACAGAAGUAUGCUUUUUCCCCCUUGGGAAAACGCCUGAUUCAAAUCAGUCUAAAAUCACUCAAAAUCAAUUGAUUCUUUGUGAUUUCCAAUGACUUCCAGUCAUUUCCAGUAACUUUUCACUUGGUGAAAAUCGUUGAAAAUUAGUGAAAAUCAACAAAAAUCGAAAAAAUUCCCAAAUCAGCUGUUUCCCCCUUGGAAAUAGUACACCAUGAAAAGUUGAUAUAAAUGUCCACUCUUCUGUUUCCUUCAUGUUCAUCAAUGAGGCCUUCGUUCUCCAAAACGGCUAAACAAAAACUCUUAACAAGUUGUCAGAAUUAUUCCACAUGCUCUUACAUAGUAUAGUUCCAUAUCACGAUUAGAUCAUAUUUCUUCUUGAUAUCUAGAAAAAUCUAUAUGUUUUAGGCUUAUGGAAUAAUGCAAAUGCAUAAUAAAGGAAAUUUACGUGGUUGGCAAUGGAUAUUUAUUCUUGAAGGCAUACCAACUGUUAUUCUUGCUAUUAUAUCUUAUUUUUAUCUUCCAAAUUUUCCUUCUACAGUCACAUGGCUUAAUGAGAAUGAACGACAAUUACUUAUUCAACGUGUAAAAGAUGAUGCUGGUCCAGCUACUGAAACAAAUUUUUCGUGGAAACAAGUUAAAAGUGCAUUUACUGAUUAUCUAGUUUAUCUUUAUGCACUCAUGUUCAUUGGUAUUUGUGUUCCUAUUUAUUGUAUAGCUUUAUUUUUACCAACUAUUAUUAACGGAAUGGGAUAUACAAAGUUAACGGCACAAGGUUUAUCAGCAUGUCCUUAUUUAAUGGCAAGUCUAUUUGUUAUCUUAAUGGGUUUACAUUCAACAAAAACGAUGGAACGUGGAUUACAUACGAGUUUCGGUGCACUCAUUUCAAUAACUGGUUUUACUCUUUUAUUAACAUUAGUAAAAUAUGGAUCAUUAGCAUGUUAUUUUGCAUCAUACAUUACGUGUAUUGGAGUAUUUUCAUCUAUGCCACCACUGCUAUCUUGGUUUACAAAUAAUAUUGGAGGACAUACUAAACGUGGAGUGGCUAUUGCAGUUAUUAUUUCAUUUGGAAACUUAGGUGGUGCUAUAUCUGGACAAAUUUAUCGAGCUAAUGAUAGACCAUAUUAUUAUCGUGGUCAUUUGAUUUCAUUAGGGUUUAGUUGUUUAUUAUUUGUAUUAGCCUUAUUAACAAAAUGGUUGCUAAUUAGAGAAAAUAGCAGACGAGAAAAUUUGACUCAAGAACAAUAUGAAAUAAAAUGUUCUCAAUCAGAAUUAGCCGAUUGGGUAAAAUAA